AUGAGUGCGCGAGAAACGCGUUGGCCCCUCCGAUGACGUCACUCGGGGGCCGUGCAGCCAUGAGUACGCGAGAAGAUCUGCGCAUUCGAGCGCAGACAGCAGCACGCAUCUGAUCUGUUACUUCGCAAGGCUUUGAGCUCAUUUAUUCCGUAAAUAACAGUGAAAUCACUUUGCUCAUGAUGAACGGGUGCGCGCAGAUGUGCAAGUGUUUCCUGAUCCUGUUCAACAUCCUGUUCGCUCUGGUGGGGUUCGGUCUGGUGGCUCUAGGAAUGUGGCUCCGGUUCGGAGCAGAGACCCGAGGGUUCUUCAACAUCGAUCUGAGCACCCCUGAGUUCAAAAUUGGAGUGAUGGUGCUGGUGGUCACCGGGGUCCUGAUGCUGCUGGUGGCCAUCAUCGGUGACUGUGGUGCCUGCAACAACAGCAAAGCAGCUCUUGGUGUGUUUUCUGGCCUGCUGACCGUUCUGAUCAUCAUUGAAAUUGCAGCUGGUGUGAUGGCCUUCAUGUGGAGUGACCGGGUGUCAGGUGAGUUGGUGAACUUCUAUGCCACAAUCUACGCUCAGUUUCUCAACACCAGGAGCCCCGCUCAAGCUGUCACCCUCGAAUUAUUCAACAACGCUUUCGACUGCUGCGGAGUCGGUGGAUCGAUUGAGAUGUUUGUGCGAGACACCUGUCCAAAAGCCAGCUUCCUGGAGCAGUUCACGUAUUCUAGCUGUCCCAUCGUGAUCAAGGACGUCUUCAACUCAAACGCUCCGCUGGUGUUGGGAGGGUUUCUGGGGACGGCAGGAAUCAUGACACUGGCGCUGGUGUGCAGCUGUGUCCUCCAAAGACAUGUCUCAGUGUCUCAUGCUUCACCUCCUGCAUAUGUGCUCCUCACCUCCCCACCGUCAGCCGCCAGGAUGAUAUAACCCUCUCUCUCUCUCUCUCUCUCUCUGUCUCAGUCUCUUUCUGUCUCUCUCUCUCUCUCUCUCUUUGUCUCUCUCUUUCUCUGUCUCUCUCUGUCAUCCAUCGGAUGGAGGCUUGGAUGCCUUUGUCAGUCAAAGGUCAAGGGAAUCACACCUGAAUGUGUGUUUGUGCAUUAUCUAGAACUCAACUGAAUGCCUUUAAAUCCCAACUAAUUUCUUCAGUCUAAUCUAAGGCCACAAACAGGAUGCAGAAUUCAGCGAAUAAAUUUGACAGAAAUGGAAAACUGAUUUGCUGUAGUUUGUAAAGCUUCAUUUCAUCUGUCAGCAUGAAUCACUCAUGAACAUGUUUAAACUCAACAUAUGGCAUGUCUAGACUUUUGGUUUUAUUGCAAUAAUGUUGUGGAUUGAAGUAAUUUCUUCAGUUUUGAAUUCUGCACGACAGUGUUACGCUAUAACACACUGUCUGUUACCAUGUCGUCUUGAUAUUUAAUUGUCUUGCUGUACAAUUAAAAUCUGAAUGUUUCUUGUUUGUUUUUUACUGAGACAUUAAAGUUUCCCAAAGCCA